AAAGGAGAAAAAAUUGUGUGGUGUUUACUUUGUAACUUGAAAUGCGAGUUAUGUGUAUUGUUAAGGCUUUGAAGUUCAAUUUUUUGAAAAGAUAAAGUCAACAACACUUCAAAAUCACGUUUUUCAAUUUGCAAGAAAUUGGUGAAUUUCCAACUAGUGGACAACAGUAAGAACUAAGCUCACACAAGUACAAGGUGAAAAUGGAUCUUACUAAUGAUGGUUUAGAUUUGGAAGAACUUGUAGAGCUCUUGGAUGCAGAGUCAGAAGAACAGAGUGAAAAGACAAUGAGAAACAGUUCCUCAUAUAAGGAAGAUGUCCUGAUUUCAGCAGAACAGACUGAUAAUAUAAAUGAUAGAUUGCAAGCAGAACAUGAUGUUCAAACUUUGCCUUCUACUUGUGACAUAAAUAAAAACUAUAAUGAACUUGAAGAGGAAUUAAGAAAAAUGAAGGAGAAAAUGCAACUUCUUGAAGCUGAAUUAAGCCAAAAGAAGAUGAAGGAAGAGGCAACAGUUGGUACAACUUCACAAAAUUCCAUUGUUGAUAUAUCAUUGUCUUCAUCAACAAGAAACAUCAUGCAGAAUAAAAAAUCAUCUCCCAAACAAAAUAACUUUCAUCCAAAUAUAAUCAAGGACAUUUCACAAAACAUAUUUGAACCUAAUCAUCAAGUUCAAGCUUCCUCAAAAAAUGGUAUUACUUCAAAAAUUGUAACAUCUAGUAAAACGUCCAUGGCAGAAUCUAUAAGAAGUACUAGUGAAGUUCACACAGGUGAUACAGACAGCUCUGAUGAUGAAAGUAACCGUUAUCCUACAGAAGUUAAACAGCUGACAGAAACAGGACAACUGAUUAAAAAAAGAAUAGCCCAUAUGCCAAGACAGGAGAAUCAAGCAGCACAGAAACCAUCUUGGGGUAAAAUGUCCAGUUUACAUUCUUCAACUUCACAAAAGAGUGGAAAGUCACCAGAAGAAAACAUUGAAACUGAUCCUUACUCUGGGAUUCGUAUUAUCAAACCAUUAGUAUCCUCUACUGUCAUGAAAGCCAGAAUGGAAGGUCGCAGGAUGGUACGAAUGUCUCUUAUUCGGAACUGUAUGAGAGGAGGAGAUAUUGAAGGAGACUGGGUAACAGUAGGAGUCAUCACACAUAAGACAGACAGUAAAACAUCAUCAAAAACAGGAAAAACAUUUUCAAUUUGGAAAAUGAGUGAUCUUCGAGACUGCAGUAGAGUUAUAAGUCUGUUUUUAUUUGGAGAAGUUUAUCAGCAGCAUUGGAAAGAAAGCAUCGGCACUGUAGUUGGAAUUUUAAAUGCUUCAAUAAUGCCUGAAAAAGAAAAUUCAAAAUUUGAUGACUUGAGCCUGACAGUGGAUCAUCCAGGAAAAUUAAUGAUCAUGGGAAGUUCUAAAGAUUUUGGUUACUGCAAAGGCAAGCGAAAGGAUGGGCAAGCCUGUUCAGCUUUUGUUAACAUGGCACACUGUGAAUUUUGCCAAUAUCAUGUCCAUACUGAGUACAAAAAAUUGAGUUCUAAAAGGGUUGAACUCCAGAAUUCGUAUUCAGGAGUAGAACCUAAAAAACUGAACAAACGUGUGUUUCAAAAUAGUGGAAUCAUGUAUGGAGGUCAAUAUUACACAACCCCACCACCUGCAAGGAGGUCGCCUGCAACAAGUCAGAAGAGCAAGAGCAAGGACAAGUUAACACUUAGUAGUCUCAAGCUAAAGCGCAAAGCAGAAGAAAUUGAAAGAGAACCAAAAAAAACUGCAAAUCAAUUUUCCCACCUCUCUUCACAUGAAAAUCAACUCCUUGAUGAAAUAGCUAAUCAGUCUGAAUUUUUAGGAGAGAAACUUUCUGUUCCAUCAGCAGGUUCGAGGAAUCUUUUAAAACAUUAUGUAAAAGAAGAGGAAACAGAUAAGGUCAGGAAGGGAGAGAUUAAGUCAAUCACACCAAAGCAGCUUCUUCAAAUGCACACCAAACAACUCCAAACUUACCAACAUCAGAAGAAACUUCAAGGUAGUAAUGCCAAUGUACCGGUAACUCCAAAACUCGGUAAAGGAUGUCGUCCUGGUGAUGAGGUUUUUCUUGACUUUUCCAGUCCUCUACAAGUGAAGUCUUUGAACCAAACCGAUUUGGCAAAAUUGAAAGCAGUGCAACUUGUAAAGAAAACAGGGAGCUUGGAGAGGAAGGAUCCCAAUGCAGUUAAAAAGAAAUUAAAUCCUGGUCUGCAAGAAAGAGUGAAAAAUCGAGUUGAAAGAGAUCAUUCAAUAGAUAAAAAGGAUAGUAAAGACUGCGAUUCUUCUCCUGAACAGAACCAGUGUGGAAGACUUGGGAACAUUGACAUAAAUUCAGAAGAAUUUCAGAAGAUUCUUAGAAGAAAAUCAUCACAUGCUCAUGAAGUAGAAACUGAGGAAAUGGAGCAACAAGAGAAAUAUUUUAAAGUUUUAGAGAAAAAAGAAGAAAUGGAAAAUAAAAUGGGAUCUUUAACUGAAAUAAUAUGUGAUGUGAUUUCUUGUAAAAAGUGUGGUUACACGGCACAGAGCGCUACUGAUGUGUGCAAAAAUGAGAAUCAUCCUUUGAGUAGACACAAGGGAAAGAAGAGGUUUUUCUGUUGUACUAAUUGCAGCCACAGAACAUUCUCAUUCAACAAAUAUCCUACAGUAUCGUGCAGGAAUUGUGGAGGAUCGAACUUUGAAAGAACAGGCAUGAUGAAGCCCAGAAAAGGACCUCAGCUGGAAAAUGAGAAGCUUGUGGUAAGAGGGGAAGAAGCCAAGUUUUUAAACAGCUUGAAAUAGAAGAGUGUUCUUAAAAAACCAUUUUGAAGAAGAAAUUCAAGUAUUUAAAUGGUUUCACUGAAAGUAGAAACACUGUCAUAAAGAGAUUCAUUUUAAAACUAUAGAAGCUGUUUUGUGAGGGUUUUAAUGAAGUAUAAAUCUUCCUUAAAGGAAACAUAAUCAUACUUUAUAAGGUGGAAAUAGCAAAUUUUAAGAUAGUCUGAAGAAACUGAGGUUUGUACUGAGACUACUGUGUGCCAUAAAUUAAUUUUAAGAACAAAAAAAAAUCCAGAUUUUAAACGUGUUCAUAUACAUAUGGAUAAAGAAUCUGACAUUAUAAAAUAACUUUAAUUAAUCACAAAUUUACUGCUGGAAUAAGACAGCCUGUUUUUACACUGUUAAAUGUUUAAAGGAUUUUUUACUGCCUUUUUAAUAAUGUAAACCUGAGUUAUAAAAUUUGUCUGAAUGAGUCUUAAUUCUUCUUUGUAAAUUAUCAGACUUUAAAUGUUUUUAUAUUUCCUACAAAACUUUUCUCUUAAAUAGCCUGUCAAUUGUGUAUAAAAAAAUUUUGAGAAAAGCAAUUUCAUUACCAUCUCAUCUAAGAGGUUUCUUUUUAUUAAAACAACUUUUUCAUACUCUACCUCAACUGGAUUAAGAUAUUUUUACUUGUUUUCAUCAAUUUAAGAAAGAUUAAAAAAAUCACGAUGGUAAUAUUAAAGGAACUGAAUGCAAACCACCACCAACAAACUACUUAAUGAUAAAAAUCCUAUAAGAAAUGAGCAAAGAAUAAAAAUUAUUUUUCUGACAGAGAUGAAACCAAUGAUUGGAUAUCACCAAUUCCAGGAUAUAGAUUAAUUCAAAAAGGUUGUACAGCAUUUAGAUUAGCAAUCCAAUAAGCUUUAUUUAUUUAUUUCUCUAUCAGCUUUAGUUUUGAAUCCUGUUUCAAUACCAAUAAGAGUAACAUCGUUCAUGGAAUGACUGGAUUAGUUAAGUGUUGAGCAACAGGGAAAUUUUUUUCAGUGUUAAUAAAAGGUUUAUGGUUGU